GCGCCUGGGGAGCGCGCCUGGGAGGCUCAGGCUCAGGCUCAGACGCACGCCUCCACUGUUUGUACACAGUGCGCUCCCGGCUGUGGGCUCGCUAGCUCCCCGCCCGCUCACGCUUCAUUGUUCUCCAAGUCCGAAGCCCCGCAGCCACACGGCUAGAGCGGCACUAGCACCGCCAGCUGAGCGCACGGAGUCCGCCAGCGCGGGUGACCCAGACCGCUCGGGAGCCCGCGCCCUGCCCCGCCCGCGGUGCUCAGUCGGGACCCACCCGCAGCGGAGGCUGAGCAGGCAGCUCCCCAAAGCUCGCCCACCUCAUUGCGCUAGAACGCAGGCAAAAGGAGAAGAGAAAUUCCUCUCUUUGGUCACCCACUCUCUCUCGCCCUCUCCAAGAAUUUGUUUAAGGAAACGCUUCGGCAAGAAGACAUCUUCCUGAAUUCACUGUCAGGGGCGGGGUUGCCGGUGACCUGCGGUGCUACCUCCGCGACACUCCUGGCUACGAUCCCUGAUUAGCUGGAGUCAAGUCCGGGAGAAGGGAUCAUGAAGAGCUCGGUGGCCGCUUGGCUGUUGGUCCUGCUCAGCCUCGGUGUCCCCCACUUUUGCAAAGGUGAUAUUUGUGAUCCCAAUCCAUGUGAAAAUGGAGGUAUCUGUUUGUCAGGAUUGUCUGAAGAUUCCUUUACCUGUGAGUGCCCGGACGGCUUUACAGAUCCCAACUGUUCUAGUGUUGUGGAGGUUGCUUCAGAAGAAGAAGAACCAACUUCAGCAGGUCCCUGCAUUCCUAAUCCGUGCCAUAAUGGAGGAACCUGUGAAAUAAGUGAAGCGUAUCGAGGGGACACAUUCAUAGGCUAUGUUUGUAAAUGUCCCCGAGGAUUUAAUGGGAUUCACUGUCAGCACAACAUAAAUGAAUGUGAAGCUGAGCCAUGCAAAAAUGGUGGAAUAUGUACAGACCAUGUUGCUAACUAUUCCUGUGAGUGCCCAGGUGAAUUCAUGGGAAGAAAUUGUCAAUACAAAUGCUCGGGCCCAUUGGGAAUUGAAGGUGGAAUCAUAUCUAAUCAGCAAAUCACAGCUUCAUCUACUCACCGAGCUCUUUUUGGUCUUCAGAAGUGGUACCCCUACUACGCUCGUCUUAAUAAGAAGGGGCUUAUCAAUGCCUGGACAGCUGCAGAAAAUGACAGAUGGUCAUGGAUUCAGAUAAAUUUACAAAAAAAGAUGAGAGUCACAGGUGUGAUUACCCAAGGAGCCAAAAGGAUCGGAAGCCCAGAAUAUAUAAAAUCCUACAAAAUUGCCUAUAGUAAUGAUGGAAAGACUUGGGCGAUGUACAAAGUGAAAGGCACCAAUGAAGACAUGGUGUUCCGUGGAAAUGUUGAUAACAACACACCCUAUGCUAACUCUUUUACACCUCCCAUAAAAGCUCAGUAUGUAAGACUUUAUCCCCAAGUUUGUCGAAGACACUGUACUUUGAGAAUGGAACUUCUUGGAUGUGAACUAUCUGGCUGUUCUGAGCCUCUGGGGAUGAAAUCAGGACAUAUCCAAGACUAUCAGAUCACUGCCUCCAGCAUUUUCAGAACUCUCAAUAUGGACAUGUUCACUUGGGAGCCGAGGAAAGCUCGGCUGGACAAGCAGGGCAAAGUGAAUGCUUGGACUUCCGGCCACAAUGACCAGUCACAAUGGUUACAGGUAGAUCUUCUGGUCCCUACCAAAGUGACUGGCAUCAUUACACAGGGAGCUAAAGAUUUUGGUCAUGUACAGUUUGUAGGCUCCUACAAACUAGCUUACAGCAAUGAUGGAGAGCACUGGACUGUAUACCAGGAUGAAAAACAAAGAAAAGAUAAGGUAUUCCAGGGCAAUUUUGACAAUGAUACCCACAGGAAAAACGUCAUCGACCCUCCCAUCUAUGCUCGGCACAUAAGAAUCCUUCCUUGGUCCUGGUAUGGGAGAAUCACGCUGCGGUCGGAGCUGCUGGGCUGCACAGAGGAGGAGUGAGGAGACCCACACCUACAACCCUCCUCUCUAUUUUCCUCUUCUCUGUCUCCAUGGAAUGAACUGUGCAAAAUUUAUGGGAAAAUGAGUGGGGUUUUUCAUGAAAAAGUGCUCAAACUAUGGUAGGCCACUAACUGUUUAAGGAGGUCUAAGCCUGCCUUUUCAAUGCUUUAAUUUGAUUUUAUAAUUUAAAAUUCUUUAGUAACAUCAUAUUAACUGUAAAUGAAUUUUCUCAUAGUUUUUUUUAAUUAUUCACACUAGUUACGAAAUAUUAGGGAAAGAAAGUGGCAAGGAUAAAAAAUCUCAUAAUUAUCAAAUAAUAGCAAGAGUUGAUAGAGCUUUUAUAAUCAAUACUCAUCUAGUUCUUAUAAAAGGAAUACUGCAAUGUUAGCAAUAAGGUUUUGUUCUUUUUUUCUGUAGUGAGUCUACAUUAUCCUAGUUGUUUCCCUGUGCCUACCAAACACUGUUAGUGUUUAUAAUAGAAUUUUGAAGAUGAAUUUAUAACAUGCAGUACUAAUUAAUAUUAUCAUUCUCAUUCUACUUUUAUUUCUAAUUAGAUGUUAUGUGAUUUUUUGUUCUGUUUUAUAGUCUUUAUAUUGUAUAUUGCUUGAAUGAGUUGAUAUUUUGAGUUUUUAUUAUUUGCCUAACAUUAGUAUCAUAUUUGCUUAUAUAUGAAACAUAUUUGAAAACUGGUAGAUUGAUCAUAAUUAAUAUCAAUAGAUUGAAUCUAAAAUUCUAUUUUUGAAGGAAGCUAUGACUAUGUAAAUUCCAAAUAUUUCGAAGGAACCCACACUACCAUUUAAAAAAAAGAACUAAAUUGUAUUAUGUUCCUUUAAACCAAAAUUUUAUCUUCAUUUUGAUGAUAUUUAUAUGUCCUUAUCUUUAUUUUAACAUAAUAGAAUGACAAAGGCUUUGUUUUUCUAUUUUAAUUUUUUUAUUUAACAAACAAAUGUUAACUUAGCACUGCAUAGCUUGGCCGAACCUACUCAUUAUUUCUUUGUUUAUCUCUGCACUUUCUGUGAAACCAGAAUUUCAUUAGGAUUUGAAAUUGGUGAUGGUUUCCCAGGAAAGCCCAUUGUAUAGUUAUUUGUGAGAAGAAAAGUACUUACUAAUGACAAAGUAGUAACCAUUUUCAAGAUGAAAAUUGAUUUCUAUUUAUUUUGCUUCAAAGUUUCUGAAAAAACAAGCAAUUAUCAUAACAAUUUGUUAUUGAUGAUGGAGGUUUCAUUGACAUGUUUCUCAAAUUGAAGUUCACACUGCUUCCAUACAAGUCUUCAGUAUCUAAUAUGUAAGCUUUACAAUUAUAUAUUUUAUAAGGCUUAGACACAGAAUUGUUGGAGUUUAAAAUUAGGGGUUCUGGAGAAGAAAGCAUGGGAUGUGUACAAAACGUUGCGGUCCUGUGCAACACUACUAAGUCUUUUUUUCUUUCAUUAUUUGUGCUACAUAACAAAAGCCACUAGACUGUUACUGUCUUGUUUGUCUACGUGUUAUUAGCAUUCCUUAACAAUGUGUGUAUGGCGUGGUCUUCAAGUACAGUAAAGAAUUUAAAGAGAAAGUCAAUCAUAAUGGUAUUUUUAAUAACAGCAAAAUCAAAGUAGUAUGUAGCUUUUGUGUCACUUGUAUCCGUGACAUCAAAGUGCAGCAAAUUUACUGUUUAAAUUCAUACUGAAACAAGUAAAAUCUUGUAAGCAGAAUACACAGUUUUCCCCAGUCUUCACUACACUGAGUAACUAUAAUAUACUAAUUUUAUAAUCUAUGAAAUUCAAAUGUUAAACACUUCUAUUUUAUCUGUUUUAUUAAAAGUAUUUAUCAUAGUUACUAAUUCUAAUUUUAGGGUUGACUUUCUCUUUCUGAAUGACUUCCUAAGGAUUGGUGUGAAUUUUGAAGAAUUAGGAUACUAAUGAUUGUAUCUUUGGUAGUCGACAGAGUAUGAAAUAGAAUACCGCUGGCGUCUGAUGUGUCAGUACAGAAGUAACUAAGAUGCAAAUAACCUUUGCAAACAUUCAAGCCGUGUGAUAUCCCAAUGUUGUUGUUUUUUUUUUCUUUGUAUAUAUACUUAUACCAUGUAGGCUGUUGUAAAAUCAAUAUGACCUUGUCCAGUCUUCAAACUUAAAAUAAAACUUUUGAAAAUCUGGGGUAAUUUUCAAGCAGUUGUAAUUAAACACAUUUGUAAGAAUAUACAAAUUGUCUGAAUGUGAAUGCUCAUUAGUCUUUAACUAGUUGCUUAGUUUAAUUAUUUUUUGGUACAAGACAGUUUAAAAAUACAGAAAAAAAUAAAUUACAAAUAGCCUACAAAUAUAUAUUAACACCAGCAAAAUUGGCUAUCCAAAAUUAUUAAAAUGGUGUAUUUCUCUCUGCUCCUUUUAGCUGUGGAAAUUUUACUGAAAUUCUACUAAUCCAAAAUCAUUUCUUAACCUAAUGUAUAUGCAAAGUACUGUGUUCCAGGAUGGGUCUGCUUAUUGUUAAUCAGAUGUUAUUUCUAUUGUUUUUUUAAGUAGUUGAUUCUCAGUAGUAUAAUGAAGAGAUCCAGUCAAACAAGCAUUAGUAGGUAUUUACUCAUGUAACUUCAGCGACCAUUAAAAAAAAUCAUAACACUUGGCUUCUUCAUAAACCCUGUUUCUGCCACUCUGGAAGUCACUGGUAAAAUAUUAAGUCUGUGUACUUUCUACAUUUCAGAUAUUUUCUUAGAAUUUAAAAAAGAAAAAAACCUCAAGAUAUUAAGUGUGACUCUUUAGUUUAGCUUCAGUGGAUUUCUGAUUGUUCUUAGUACUAACUUGUUAUAUGUGUUUAUAUUUCCAUACUUGUUCCUGCAUAACUGCAUUUUAAUGUGAAAGGUUCAGUGGGGUUCCAUUGCUUGCCUAACCUUUGCACACACAAAAAUAUAUAGAAAUAUGCUUUUACUAAAUAAAAACAAUUAUAUGUAUUUUUAACAAGACCAGUAAAGAAUCAUGACAACAUAUAUACAGAGUAAACAUUCAUUGUGAUAGCAGAAUCAUUGUUCAACAAAAAAUUUUCAACUAUAAAACUUCUAUAAUUAUUGAUUCAAGAUGUAAAAAUAAUAGAAACACUCAGAAUUUCAAGGAUGAACGUCUGACCAUAUUGAAACUUGUUUUUAAAAAUCUAUUAGAUAACUUCAUGCAUGGAAAAUAUUCUUUGUAUAACUAACAAUUUAUAACAUCUAUCACUUCAGCUUUGAAUACACAAUGUUG